GCAAAAUGUGAAAAUCGUGAUGUUAUGAUUGCUGAACAAUUAAAAUUAAUUUUUCUAAACACAGUGAAUGUUUAUGAUAUAAAUGAUUACCUAUGUUAUUACAGACCUAUGAAAUUGAAUGUUCCUGAACUGCAAACCGGUUUAAACAUGAAAACCUUGAUGAGUGGAGGGGGGAAAACAGUGUGAUACCGCAUACAAUACUGAAGUGGCUUUCAUUCCCAGUUCAAGAACAGUUGAGUGCAGAGACAUGCUAUUCUACUCCUACAUGAUGCAGCAGCAGCAGCAGUUCAAUUUGACUAAAUUCAAUGAGACAUCAGGGGAGAGUAUUGCCAUUGUGCAGAUACGUGACUUAAAGUCUGACUCCAGCUAUCCAGUAUAUAAGAAACGUGUGCCGGAAGACGACAGCUCGAUCGUGCCUCUCUUGAGGGAGGAGGAGGAGGAAGUGGAGACAGAGGACGAGGACUUCCUGAGAUUAUUGAAUAGCCGCACCGAGAAGCCAUGGACGCCUCUCCGCGAGCUGGAAGAGGGGUUGCCAUAUCCGAUAUGUGACGUGAGAGAGGCGUCCAACCAGCACGGGCGGCGAAUUGUGCUCAAAAUCCGGGUACCCGGACUACGCACAACAGAUGUUUAUCUUCCAGAAAGAUUUACCCGGAUUUUGAGCACAAAAGACAUUGAAAAUUUUAAAUUAAAAGGUGGUGCUAUGACCACUACGGAACCCCGAUUGAAAGUCACCAAUCAAUCCAGAGCCAUGAACGAAUGUGCUCAAUUGAGAGUGAACAAUGAUUUCCAGAACCCUUGA